ACUGAGUUCUGCCAGAAUGUCAAGUUUGCCCAACUCUGGCAUAGGGCCUAGAAGUGGUUGCAGAUGCAGGGGAGCCCCACGACCCCUCUGAGCCAGGACGAGGCCAUCGCCCUCAUGAUGUACACCAGUCGGGGCGUGGACAGGAAGUUGAACGAUGCCGUGCUGGAGGCUGGGAGCUCCCGCCAGCAAUACCGGAACAACUUCCACUUCAAAACGCUGCAUUUCCUGCUCACCCGGACCCUGCAGAAGCUCAGAGUCCCCAGCAAGUACCAGGACGUGUUCAGGGGGUGGUGUGGGCGCAAGUACGAGGUGAAGAAAGGUGAGAAAAUUCGCUUCGGUCAGUUUGUGUCAACAUCGCUGAGCCGCGAGGUCUCGGCAUCGUUCGACACAGACACGAUGUUCCACGUGCACACGUGCCACGGCGCCGACAUCCAGAAAUUCUCCAAUGAUCCCAACGAGAGGGAGGUGCUGAUCCCACCCUAUGAGAUCUUUGAGGUCACCGAGGUCUCUUGGAUCCUGCAAAUGAUGCACAUCAAGCUGCGCUCCACCGGGAACUCCAGCAACUACAACUGCGAGUGGUUGCGAGGUGGGUCCCUCCCCAGGACCUCCCCCCACCUCUGGGGGCUUCUCCUGGCCUCUCUGGCCAUGGCAGUGGUCACUGGAAGCCCCUGA